UUCCGUGACCAAGUCGGACACAUUUGCCGACACACCGCCAAUGUCAAACCCAGAAAAACUCCGCAUCGCUUUCGCUGACCUCAAGUUUUGUUAUUAAAUUAAAGUAGCUUCUCUAUCAAACAGAGAGAGGACAGUUCAAACAUAUUAAACGUUUCACUCGGGAAGCUUUCCACGUUUGUGUAGUUUAUUGUUCAGGUGAAUCUAACCGGGCAAGAUGCGUCUCACGUUGCAAAUGUUGAUCUCCCACGGCCGGGUGGCCCGGAAGAUGGGUAUGGGUCCGCAGUCCCGAAUCAACAUACUGCGGAACAUUUUGACUGGACUGGUCCGACACGAGAGGAUCGAAACCACGGCGGCACGAGCAGAUGAAGUCCGCUUCUACGCCGAAAAGCUGGUUGACUACGCCAAAAAGGGAGACACUGAUGAGAAGGCGAUGAAGAUGGCCAGUUUUUGGCUGACGGAAAAAGAUCUGAUCCCAAAGCUCUUCAAGGUCCUUGCUCCACGGUUUGAGACUAGAUCACAAGGCUACACACGGAUGGCACGCAUCCCAAACAGACCGAACCUGGACAAAGCCAAGAUGUCCGUCCUGGAGUACAAAGGCAACCCCUUCCCGGCUCUUUAUCCUGUGAACAAAAAAAAUGAACUGACACUCAUCAACCAGCUGCUCAAAGGCUACAAAGAGGAGAUGGCACAACAGUUCGCUGCUAAAGCCUAAUAAAAACCCUCCUGGUGUUGGAUCAGUGACGCUGGUCGCUGAAGGACGACGGUCGGGGGCUGAAGGGCCUCUGAAGAGUCGCCUGUAGACGCUGCAGGUUGUGCUUUAUAGACACUGACGUCUUCACCAAAGCUCCAGCGUCUAACGAAGCCAAGAACUUUUCUUUAAAAGGACACUGAUGACUGAUUAUGUAUAAAUAAAUAUAAAUUCUGAUCUUUAAA